CGAUCACCGUCUUUUAUCCUUGUUUCUCUAACUAUGUCACUUCCUCGUAAAGCUAUCAUCGCCAUCACCAGCUACAACGGCGUCUUCUAUGAAGAUGGUGCCCGUACUGGUCUCUUCUACACAGAAGCUCUUCACCCUUACCUUACCUUGACCAAGGCUGGCUUCCAAGUCGAUUUAGCCUCUGAGACUGGAACUUAUGGUAUCGACGAACACUCUACCGCCAAGAUGUUUGUGUCAGACGAUGAUGAAAAAAUCCUUCAUGACCCCAACCAUGAGUUCAACGUCAAGCUGAAGAACCUUCAUAAAGCCUCGGAUUUGAAGCCAUCUGACUAUGGCUUGUUUUUCGCGUCGGCUGGCCAUGCUACCUUGUGGGACUACCCCACCGCCAAGUCAUUGAUCGCCAUUGCUGAGGACAUCUACAAGCGUGGUGGUGUGGUUGCUGCUGUCUGUCACGGACCUGCUAUCCUUCCUCCCGUUAAGGACGCCAACGGUGACUCCAUCAUCAAAGGUAAGACCGUCACCGGCUUCACCACCCAAGGAGAAGUUGAAAUGAACGUCUUGGACCGUAUCAAGGCUGCUGGAGUACAAACAAUUGAGGAGGGUGCGGCUGGUGUUGGAGCAAAGUAUGUUGCUCCUGCUCAUCCUUUUGAUGACUUUUCUCAAAUCGAUGGUCGAGUUGUGACUGGUGCCAAUCCCGCCAGUGCUCAUUCGACCGCCGCCAACGCUGUCAAAGUAUUCGACAGCUUGUAAAAAAAAGAAAUAUUUACCUCACAGCAGCAUCAAAUAGUCAUGUUAUGCACAAGAGAACCGAGACUCUGGAGAUCUCGGUAUGUAAAAGAAUGCAAUAUAUAUAGUCGUACCAGAUUGUCAAUAAACAUCACGUAUGCUAUAACCGUCAGUUCA